UUGAUAAGAAUAGAAAAUGGUUUACAACGUAGCUUUAGUAUUGAUCAAGUUUUUACUUAGUUAACACAUCGAACGCGAAUCAAAACAGAAUCGAAUAAAAUGGAUUGCGGUGGAGUGUUUGUGAAAUAUGUGCUAUUUAUAUUCAAUAUAUUAUUUGUGAUAUGUGGCAUUCUAUUAAUCAUAUUCGGAUCGAUUAUGAUCUCAAGCAUCGGUGACAUAAAGGAUGUUGUUAGCGCUUAUGAAACCCACACCGUUCCAAUCGCCAUCAUAGUAUUGGGUUGCAUCAUUUUUGUAAUUUCCUUCUUGGGAUGCUGCGGCGCCAUUCGUGAAAACUCAUGUUGCACCAUGACGUAUUCCGUCAUUAUGUUUGCCCUGUUCUUGUGUCAAUUGGCUUUGAUUAUUUUCAUUUGGGUACAACGCGAUAAGAUAUUGAGCAGCAUGGAUAGUGCCAUUAAGACUGUUUGGGAUCAACGAAAAACCGACAGAAGUGUCAUGGAUGGCAUUGAAUUGAGCCUUAAAUGUUGCGGUUAUACCUCACCUACUGAUUAUACAUUGGAAGGCGUUCCCAAGUCUUGCUGCGGUCCCUCUGCAACUAGCUGCUCUUUGGUGGAGGCCCUUCCACGUCCCGGUUGUAAAACAGCAUUCGACAGAAUGUGGUCCAAGAACAUUGAUAUCAUUCGUUAUGCUGGCUUGGGUGUUGCCGGUAUUGAGUUGAUUGCUUUCAUCUUCGCUUGCUGUCUGGCCAAUCAAGUACGAAAUGCCCGUCGGAGGGAAUACUACUGAAAAAUAAAGAAAUAAAUUAAUCGUGAACAUUCAGCAAUUAAUACAAAUAUUUAAAUAUAUAUUAUGUGUAUGAAAUGUUUCCUAUAUAUGUUAUAACUAUUUCUGUUUAUUAAUUUAACAUCGAACAAUAACAACACAAAUCCGACUAAUAUUAUUACCAAAAAAAAAAUACAAAUGAAUUAAUAAAAUAUGUUUUUUUUUAA